AUGAUUGCGGCCACGAAGAAGGCCAUCAAAGACAGCCCUCGGGAGAUCUUCAACUGGUAUCUCAUGGUCUGCACCUGUAUCUGGAGUUUCUCCGGUGUUGCGAAGGGUUUUGAUGAAGGAAAUAUCGCCUCGGUUGUCGUUAUGGAUAUUUUCCUGAGCCGGUUCGGUCUUAAAAAUCAGUCCGAUAAAGAAUUUGCGUCUACAAAGGGUUGGAUCGUCUCCAUUGCCACUGCUGGUGCUGUCUUCGGCUGUCUCGCCUGUGUUUGGCUCACUCAGCGAUUCGGCCGAAAAUUCACGUUCCUCAUGUUUACGGUUGUUUAUAUUGGAGGUAUUUUUGGACAAACAUUCAGCAAUGGCAGCAUGGCGGUUCUCUACAUUACCCGAAUAAUAGCUGGCAUGGGCAUCGGCGCGACAACAGUGCUACCGUCGAUCUACAUCGCAGAGAUUGCCCCAGCUUCGAUUCGUGGACUAUGUACCUUGCAAUAUACCUGCUGUCAGCAACUCGGCGUUGUUUUCGGCUUCUUCUUCAACUACGGCGUCACUAAGUACCACUCCGGCACGAAUUUACAAUGGCAGCUCCCAACAGCACUUCAAGUCAUCCCGGCUGUCAUUUGGGGCGUGGGCUGCUUCUUUACUCCUGAGACACCACGAUUCCUUCUUAUGAAGAACAAGAGAUCUCAAGCGAUUGCCACACUGUGCAAAUUCCGAGGGCUGCCAGAAGACCACCCUUAUGUCCAGGCCGAGUUCGAAGGCAUGGAAGCCCAACUUAACCAUGAGAUUGAGAUCGUCGCAGGAGCAAGCACAUUUGAUCUGAUCAAAGAGACCUUCACCGACUUACCCAAUAGACGCCGCUUUAUCUUGAUGUUCGCCGCCCACGUCUUCAGCCAAUGGAGCGGUGCCAACGCCAUCACACAAUACAGCCCAACAAUCUUCGGCUACCUAGGAAUCAAGGGAACGGAGUCCCGAUUUCUGGCGACUGGCAUCUACGCUAUUGUAAAAUUUGUGUCUGUCUUGCUCUUCUCCGUCUUCGUCAUCGACUUCAUCGGCCGCCGUCGCUCUCUCAUGACGGGUAUUACCAUGCAGAUUAUAACCCUAGCUUACGUGGGAGGUUAUCUCGGAGUGACAAACGGCUGGUCGGUUGAAAAGAUCGAAGCCAGCGCUUCUGCCAUGGGUGCUAGUCGGGCUGCCAUUGUUUCCAUCUACUUCCACGCCGUUGCUUGGUCCAUCGGGUGGUUUUCCAUUCCAUAUCUUGUUUCGGCUGAGGUCUUCCCACUUCGCAUCCGCUCCAUCAACGUCGCCAUACUGAUGGCAGUCCACUGGGCCAUGUACUUUGGGUGCUCCAAGGCAAUGCCUUCUCUCCUCGAGGCAACUCAAAGAUUCGGCGCCUUCAUCUUUUUCCUGUCCAUCUGCUGCGUCUCCCUGGUAUACGUGUUCUUUGCUAUGCCUGAGACAUCGGGCAGGUCUCUGGAGAGCAUGGACAAGUUGUUUGAGAGACCGUGGUAUACAGUUUAUAAGAUUGCUUACCCAACGGCCGACGAUUUGAAGCCCCAUAUUCGGGCGCAGCUAGAGGACCUAAAGGAUGCAGUCUCUAUUACCUCGAAGCACAUUGAGGAGCGUGUUUGA